AGAGAAGGUGAUGCAGUUUUUGAUGGGGCUUAACGAAUCUUAUUCACAGGUUCGUGGGUCAAUUUUAAUGAUGAGUCCUCUUCCAGACACUCGAAAAGUUCAUGGAUUAAUCCUUCAACAAGAGAGACAGAUGGAGGUUGCAACACGCAAAGAAAUUCCACUUGCAUCUCACGCUAUGCAGAUUGCUCGCACACCAGCGCAACAGACUGGAAAAUCCUUCUCCAACCGCAGAGACUUGAAAUGCACCUACUGUGAACUAGAUGGUCACGACGUGGAUGGAUGCUAUUAUUUGAAAGGGUUUCCGGUGGGACACAAAUGGCAUGGAAAGAAUGUGAAACCUAGAAACAAGAAAGCAUCAAUCCAUAAUAUUGAGGUGAAGAGAGAACUAACAAAUGACAGUCCAACCUUUACAGCUGAGGAAUACCGGCAGAUUAUGGCUAUGCUUCGCAGCAAAAAUGGUAAUGAUCAGCCACUUGCAAAUGCAUCAGGACGUGGAUACGAGGAGGACGAUUGGCCUGGGCAAGCAUUUUAAUGGUCUUUACUACCUCACACCAACUCAGAACCCUCACCUUGUGCACCAAAUAACGCGUGCCUCUGACCUUUGGCAUCAACGUCUUGGACAUCCAUCUGCUGCCCCUCUCCAGAGUUUAUCGCAAUGUUUCCCAGAAAUUGUUUUUAAUUCUAAGCAUGUUUGUGAGAUUUGUCCCUUAGCAAAACAAACUCGAUUGUACUUUCCUUUAAGUUCAAUAAAAACUGUUGCACCAUUUGAUUUAAUCCAUUGUGACAUUUGGGGACCGCACAAAAUUCACACCCAUUCAGGGGCUCGCUAUUUUCUUACUAUUGUUGAUGAUUUUACUCGCUUCACAUGGGUACAUCUCAUGAGUUUCAAAUCUCAGACCCAAAAUAUAUUAAAAUCAUUUUUUGCUUGGGUUAAAACUCAAUUUAACCAAAACAUUAA